GUCAGUGACAACACCAAGCAUGGCAUCAGCGGGAGGGUUGAAAGCACGCUUGUACAGCUCUGAGCCGCUGCAGGAGCGACUCAGUCUCGGAGAGCGAGCAUUUUUGGCCCCACUCAAUGUCCUCGUUACACAAAAAGAGGAUGUUGUUAUUAUGUGGUUAUCUGAACUCCUGGCUAAUAAGGCAUUAACACUCAACACAGAAGACUUGGAAGCAGCAUGGAGGACGGUAGACACUCUUCUCAACACUCGGAGACUAAAGGCUCUCUGCAAUAACAGUUGGCUCUGUCCUAUCAGUUCUAACUUCAUUGAGGCCUUGGUGGACAUCAUCAACAGCAGUUCAGAAGACAGUGUGCGUGAGGCAGCUGUCAAAGUGUGUCAUACCAUGAUGUCCAAUCUAGUCUUGGCUCCCUUGAUCACUCACUCCCAUGAUCACUGCAUCUUCCUUAUCAAGGGCCUUGUAAAUUGGUUACUUGAGGGUCAUAAAAGUGAUUUUGAUGUGACCCUUACAAUGAAGAUGACACAAGAAAUUGGCACCCACCUCCAGAGUCAACCAAACAGAGUGCAGGCUCUGGUGUCUGUGGUGGAUCACCUUCUUAUACCUUGUGCUAGACUAAAUGCAGCCUUUCAGGACGAUAAGAGAGAGAUUGUGCAAAACUUAUUAAAGGAAGUUAAGCUGGUGGUAUCCAUGAAUUUGUUUAACCAUGAACUAUUUAGUGUUUACAAUGGAAGUCUGCACACUUUGUUUUUUGAAGAGACAAAGGCAACAUUGUCGACUGAUGUAGAAAAGUUGCUUCUGUCCAUACGUUCAGCUGUUGAGGAUGAAGAAGUGCAAGUCAGUCAGUUCUUAUUAGCUGAAUUCCUUACUGAAUUUUCUAUUAGAAUGAAAAAUAAACAUAUACUUCAUUACGAAAUGCUAAUUGUUCUUUGCCAUAUGUUAGAUGUGUCUUUCCCAGAUUUUAAGAUGCCUUCCAUUGAGAAAAAUAGCCUUGCUGCUCAAAACUUGAAGCCAACAAAACUUGACAAGGGAAAGCAAGAAGCUCUCCUGUUUUCCAUCCUACGUGCUGUAGAAUCAUGUUCUUGGGACUUUGCAACAAAGGUGAAACACGUGAGCUUAAGCAUAUGGUUAGAUAGCUUAGGUGAUAUGCUAGCAAAGAGUAUGCCUGCAACAGUACAAGGAUACAAAUGUCUCCACAUCUUGUUGAUAAUGCUUCCACAAGAAAUGAGUAAUCACAUAUUUAAGAAUUUGAUGAAUAUUUACCGUUACACGAAAGUCUCUGACAUGGCACCAGGCAUGGAUGCUCUGUACUCGGCAUAUGAUGAUCUACUGUGUGAAACUCUGGAGGUUUGUGUCAAGCUCAGGAACUUACCCAAAAUGCUUAGCAGAAUUUUGAUAGGCCUGAAGGAACACAAAUCCUCCUUGGAGAACCAGAAGAUAAUACCAGAGUCUCUUCUUGUGUAUGAGGGAAAACUGCUCCUUCCUCCCAGAUUUAUGCUGUCACUGGUGAGAGUAAUUGGCACUCUUGGUCACACACAAGUAUUGCCAGUUUGGAAGUCAUUGCUUUCAUUUUUCACUAAGGAAUGUGCAGCAAUUUCCAAGUCUCCAGUUAAACCUGGUGAUUUGCAGUUGGUGAGUGUGGUGGUGUGGUUGUUUUCGUGCAUCAUGAAGGCCAGCCCCACCAUACAAGCCGUCUCUGUGGUAGGAGUUGCACAAAAUUAUGCUGACAUCAUGACUCAGAUUGCAGUCUAUGGCAUCACACCUCUUGUUACUGCCAUGCUUACUCAACCUCAUAAUAAUAAUGUGUGUGGAAGUAUCCUAAUCCUGUGUCACACUUGGGGGGAACUUCACACCAACCUCCUCACUACAGACACAGGGUACUCUGAGGGGCCAGAUUUACCUAAAGUUCAUCCACCAAAACCGAGCACUGCAACCGAUUGCUCGUAUCUUCUUCCUUUUAUCUCACCGGAAGCUUGGGCUCAGAUAUCUGCCAGGGUCGCCAACUUUGGGGAUCAGCCGACACAACUGGCUCUAGUGCAGCUUGUUAUACAGAAAUUCAGCCAAGUAGCUCUUGAGCAUCACAGAAAUUAUUUAUGUUUGGAUGUAUCUUGUGACCAAGCAAACCAAACCCCAACCAGACAAACAAUAGAAGUCCAGACCAAGUACUUAAUGAAUGCCUUGGACAUAUGGGGUAGUAAUGUGUCUCAGUUGAUGACAGUCCAUCUUGUUUACCUUCUGCCUUUCAUCCAUAACAGUCAUCUGCCAGCUAUAGCAAGGCACUUGGUGUGUGGGAUUAGAGAAGGAAAGAAAGUCUGGCAGGAGUAUGUUGACAGCCAACAGUUUUGUGAGGCGAGCCGACUCCACCCUCACAUCUUCUCCAGUAUUUGCUCCACGUUGAUCACAUUGUCAGGAUCAUGUAAAAGAAAGAUUUCUGAAUCAGAAGACACACCAGCUACCAACAAGAAUUAUUACACUGAACUAUUAAAGAAGAUGAUCAAAAUUGGCCCUCUGCUUUCCGAGUUUGAUACUGGGCUAUUUGAAGAGAAUGCUCUAUGGGAAAUGCUCAAAAAGUGUGGUAAUACUUUGAAAAAACUGAUAAAGAAUUCAGAUGCAAGCAAUGGAAGUGUAGGAAAUACCACAGAUUUAUGUGCAAUGAUCAAUUUGUUGGGGAAAUUUCCAUUACCACAUCUUUACACAGGAUUCCAAACUGCUCUUCUCUUGGUGUUUUUUGCACUCGUGACCCGGAAAGAUCUUGAAAACACAGAGGAAAAUUUUUCAUCGCUAUUGCAUGUUAUAAAUAAAGUUCUGUGCUCAAAACGUUCAUUUAGAUUGUUCAGAAUUAUAGAUGCAAGUUGCUUCUUACAAUGGCUAGUUCAAAAGAGACUUUCUUUUCCAUUCUCUAGUGUGUCACAACAUAUGGCCAACUUGUCUCAAACAGUAUUGAAGAAAAAGAUCUGCCCUCGAGAUCAGUCCAGUGAUAAACCAGAAGAUUCAUUGACAGUUCAAGCACUGACAGGCCAACACUUUGAUCAGCUCUUAAGUGCACUCCUGUAUAAGUUGACGGCUGGUGGUAAAAAUGCCGAUGACAUAAAAGAUUUGACAAAUUACAUCACCACAUCCUUUGUAGUUGACACAGAUGCUGAGCUUCUCCUACAACCAGCUGUGUUACUUAUGGCAGCGUGUUACAGGAUGGAAAGCUUUUCUUGCAAGUGGGCAAUGCGUCACUUGUCCAGCUGGGUUCUUCGGCAUCUGAAGAAGAUGGAUCUUGCAACUAUUGCUCCUUCCACAGCUGCUGCCAUCCUGACUGCUCACACCAUUACUGUGUUAACAUAUUCAAAAGAUAAUUCCAAAACAGUAGAGAGUACUAACAAAGAGAACAAAGAAACUACAACAGAAGACACUGGUGAAGAACACAAAAAAGAUCAAGAAAGUUUAGAACUUGAGGAACAAACGCACAAAACUCCUCGGUGGCAAAAACUUUUAGGCCUCAGUUUUCAGUUGUCAGAACUCUGCCUCUCUAGUGGUCACCCUGAGUUGGAAGAGUAUGCUCUUACCUUUCUUGUCACAGUGUCACUACAUUCUAAUUCCUUACAAUCCCAUCUUCCAGCCCAUAUUCUGAGUACUGCUUGGACUGCCCUCUCACACCCUGGUCGCUUACCAAUAGGCAAUGACUCUUUACUACAUAACAAUAUAUCUUUAGAUUCUCUCUUGUCAUCUGCUCCCUCUGAUGAGUAUGAGAAACUGCUUCAAGAUCUGCUGAAACGUACACUGUCAGACAAUGCCGACUUAACCCACACACUUACUCUUUGGCAACUUGUCAUAGCUGCUAAAGUGUUCGAAGUCCAUGGAGCUCAAAAACGCAUGGCCUUAGAACACCUGAUUCCCAUUCUUGUGAAUCUAAUAACUGUCUACGAUAAUUCUGAGGAGUGUGUUAGUCCAUAUCUCAUCCCUAUUUUGGAAACACUGAGACAGUUAACCAUCUGUCCAUUACAAUUUGAGGCACAGUCAAGAGCAUUUGUUCUCACUCCAUGCACUACUAUUCAUCUACACACUUUACCAAUUGACCAGUUUAAUCAAGCCUUUACUGCUGCUACUGGUAUUGUCAACAGCAUUGUGGUGCAGCAUAUUGGUGUAGCAAUGGAGCGCGUAACUUCUGUUCUAGCAGCCAUUUCUCACCUGGCAACGUCACUCAUUGCUCAGGCCAGUCAAGAGCGUAAACUGGAGGAAGAUCAAAUAGAGAUUAUGGUUGGAUGCGGCACUAACCUGGAGCGUGUAGUGAGGGAACUGACUCCAUAUAGUUACAAGCUGAACAAGGUGGUACAUUUUACUGUUGCUACUAUAGUUGGAGCGCUCCAGCUGACAACUGUGUACCCGGCUGUUAAGACAAUACUGGAGAGCAUCGUGUACCACCUGCUGGACAUGUGUGACAGACACUGCUUAAACCACCUUAUGGUCGCACUCCCUCCAGCCACCACCACUAUCCUCAAGCACCUCUACACUAAUUACUCAACUUUCCAUCGUUUCAAUCCCAUUCAUUGAUACUGAAUGUUAGUGUCGGCCUCCUGAUGCAAUUAUGAAAUGAGUGAGAUAAAUUUGAUUUCCUCAUUGUAGCAAGAGAUUUUAUUAUCACCUUCAAAUAUUGUUUGCUGUUAACUUAAUGCUUAAGAGGACACUGGAUAUGGCACAAAGAGCCUAUACCCUAUAAUUGAAAAUAAUUUGAAAAGAAUAUUUAUGUGGCUGAAUAAAUGGUUGUUGAUGAACCAAAUUGUCAUGAAAUAUUCUUGACCAGUUUUAAACCACUCACCCACACAGCCUUUGUUAGAUGGAUUUAUUUUUUAACUGACGUGCAUGUACGAUAUUUAUGCACUGUGCUGUAUAUUUGUAUUUUUUUAUAAACAACAUAUACAUAUAAGAUGUUAAUUGUAAAUAAAACAAUGUGGGGUAGUUAUUGUUGUUAAAUGUAUUGACUCAUGUACAUUUUGUGGAUAAUGUCAACUUACAGUGUUGUAGAUAUGGCAACUUUUAAAUAUACAGUACUUGAUUCUGCUGUUGUUCUCUCUGA